AUGGAUCCCGCCGGUACAUACGCCAACUGCCAGGUCGCUCGGGAUAGCUCACAAGAGUUCCCUCACGAAUGCCAGAAUGGCGAGCACCAGACGGCCAAGGACGAGCUGAUGGAGAAGUUCGCAGCCAAAAACCAGCGUGGAUGGAGGAAAGUGGUGCUCAACUUCACCCCGUCGUGGUUCGCAGCCACCAUGGGCACCGGCAUUGCCUCUAUCCUCUUGCACAACCUUCCUUACAACGGUGACUGGCUGUACUGGCUUUCGGUCAUCAUCUUCUGUCUCAACAUCGGCCUCUUCUGCGUCUUCCUGUUCAUAUCGAUUCUGCGGUACACCAUGUUCCCCGGCCUGUUCAUGGCCAUGAUCCGACACCCCGUCCAGUCCCUCUUUGUCGGCACAUUCCCCAUGGGUCUCGCGACGAUUGUCAAUAUGGUGGUGUUUGUGUGCGUCGAACACUGGGGGGUGUGGGCAACAACCCUGGCCUGGACAUUGUGGUGGAUUGACGUGGUCAUUGCCGUCAUGACCUGCAUGUGGCUGCCCUUCGUCAUCAUGCACCUCCACCAAAGUGAGCUCUCCAAGAUGACGGCCGUCUGGCUCUUGCCGAUUGUGGCAACCAUUGUCGCCGCGGCUUCGGGCGGCAUCGUGGCAGAGUACCUUCCGAAUCCGCAGCACGCCGUUUGGACGGUGGUGGUCUCGUAUGUGCUCUGGGGCACCGGCUUUCCUCUCGCCAUGGUCGUGCUCGUCAUGUAUUUCCACCGCCUGACGAUCCACCGACUGCCGCCGCGUGAGGUCAUUGUCUCGGUCUUCCUUCCACUGGGUCCCCUGGGCCAGGGCAGCUUCGGGCUCAUGCAACUUGGCAAAGUCUGCGCCAAGGUCUUCCCGCAGACGGAAAACUUCGGUCCCGACGCCGGCAGGACCAUCUACAGCUUCUCCAUCGUCAUCGCCCUCGCCAUCUGGGGUUACGGGCUCGUCUGGCUCUUCUUCGCCGUGGCCAGCAUCACCCGCAGCAGAUUCCCCUUCAACAUGGGAUGGUGGGGGUUCACUUUCCCGCUCGGGGUGUUUGCCGUCUCGACCACGACCCUGGCCAAAGAAAUCCCCAGCAAGUUCUUCAAAAUCCUCGGCACCAUCUUUUCCGUCGCCGUCGUUCUGCUUUGGCUGAUUGUCGCUCUGGGGACCCUGAAGGGCGCGGUCUCAGGAACCUUGUUCUAUGCGCCCUGCGUCGAGCAGUACGAGAAGGCAUUGACCAACGGGCAGCGGAAAAAGGAGAAGCAGUUGAAGAACCGGCUGCCAUUGAAACACUGGAGGAAGAAGGACGACGACGCCGACGCCGACGCAGAGAAGCAGCAGGUAUAA